UUUCUAUCUAAUUCUUCAGAAAAAGGGCUCAAAACAAGAAACCUUUGUCGUACCCAAUCGUCUCUGGCCAUCUCUUCUCAUACCAGCAAAACAAUUCAGCAUCAAUGACGAAGCCACAACCCGUCCUCUUCAACAGCUAGUUUGCACCAGCUACCAGCGUCCGCCUCACCCCUGCGAGCCCUCGAGCCGCCAUCGGAUACCGCUCGCAGCUCGCUGCCAUCUGCCGCACCUGCAAGCCGGAAAGAAAAACUGAUUUCUGUCUUUCCGACUCACUACUCAGGGAGGUAAUCUUAAAUUAGAAAUUAAAUUCCACAGUUUAUUUAAAAUAGAAAAACUAGUUUAUGAUAUACUUAAUGAUUUUUUAUGAUUAUGUGUUUUAUAGAAAUCAGAUUCAAUUACUAGUUUACCAUUUUUGUUCAAUCAGUAAAUUGUAGUUUUCUCAAAUUUCAAAAAGUGCAGUUUAGGAAUUUUAAAUUCGUUCUUCCGUCUGAAUGCGCAAAGUUUAUUUUCCUGUUUUUGAUACCUCAAAUCCAUAUGAAAAAUUUAUUUUCCUGUUUUUGAUACCUCAAAUUUACAGCAACCCCAAAUGCAUCUGCCUAGUUGUUUUACCUCAAUCACAGUGCCUACUGACUAACACCUGCUAGGCAUUUUCAUAACAUUGCUUAUUUAGAAAGUUUGCUAUCAUAAAUCAAUUUUUGUGGUAUGUAAUUUUCUGUAAUUUGAUUAUGAUUUGUGCUGAACGUUUAUGGGAAAUUUAUGAUAUGAUUGUGAUUUGUGUUAAAUGUUUAUGGGCAAUGUAUAAUAUGAUUGUGAUUUGUGUCUAUGAAUAUUAAUCCCAUUAGUUAGUAUUAAUCAUUUAAUCUGAUUAGCAUUAAUAUCUUUGUCAGUAUUAAUCUCAUUAUUUAGACGUUUAGGAUUAAGCCUUUAGUAUUAAUUAAUUAUUAUUAGUAUGAUUGUGAUAUGUGAGUAUUAAUGUCAUUGUGUAGUUUUAAUACAAUUAGUUUUUGUUAGUAUUACUUAUGAGGAUCUUUUUGCUAUUUUCUAACUUAUCCUAUGAUGUGGUGGAUUGUUGUGGUGUAUAAAAAACUAAUGAAGCUAGACUUGACGAGAUACUAUAGAUCUGUUGAAGUAGAAGCUAAUGAAGAUAUUUUACUAAGAAUUGUAAUAGCCUCUAGUAGAUCUAGACAUCUAGUUGAAGAAACUUCAAAUAGUUUAUGUAAACAGAUAGAGAAAAAGGUAUCUUUGUGAAAAAGAUAUCUUCUUGAUAUUUGACAUUGUUGUCAUUAUCUCAUUAUCUGGUGAUAUCGAUGUAUGAAAACCCUUAAAGAACGAUUAUGAAUUUAUGAUAUGUUUUUUUAUUUGACUUUGAUGGAAAUUUUUAUUGUUGUAAAACAUUUGUACUACGUAAUACUACCUUUGUCCUUUUUUAUUUAGACAUCUUUGACUUUUUCAAUCAAAGAUGAUGUACUUUGAUCCAUUAUUUUAACUAAUACUAUCGCAUACUUCGUAUGUGUUUGAAAUAUAAUAAAUUUAUACUUUUGUGAUAGUACUUUUAGCAAAGAACAUUUUCAUAUCAUUUUCAUAUUAUCCUUAUUACCGUGUAUAAAUAUAUAAUCAAUCAAAGAUGAACAUCAUUGAUUUGGAAAAUAGCGUUUGGCUAAAUAAAAAUGGACAGAGGGAGUAUUAAUUUGUGUGUUUUACUUUUUUCGCAAUUAAUGUUAUGCUAUAUGUAUGAAAACUUUGGGCCCACCUGGAUUAGGCUGGUACCUCUCUUUCAUGCUGCAGAGUGUCUGAUGAUAAGUUGGUGACCUUUCAAUUCUUCACGUUAAUUUGAAGCUCUUGGCUUAGACCUGACAUUGCGAAUAGUACUUUUUGAAUUCUAACAGUAUGUAGGUUGUAACUACCACAUUAAGUACUUUUCAACUCCUUACUCACACUUUCUGGAACAGAGCACAGAGCUUGUAAAACACUGCAUACUGGUGUGCGUUCCAUUGUGGGAACAGAAGAAAUGUGGGUGUAUGAUGGAUGUCUACAAAUCCUAAAGAUCCAGAAAUUGCGAAGAGUAGUGUCCUAUGCCGGAUUCUAUUGCUUCACUGCACUCCUUACUUAUAUGUACACCAAUAAUACUACUCGAGCUGGGUACUCAAGAGGCGACCAAUAUUAUGCUUCUUACCCAGCUGGCACUGAGCUCCUCACUGACCAAGCCAAGUUAUACAAAGUUGCACUUGGCAAUUGUUUUGAAUUGGAAGAGUGGGGACCGGUUGAAUGGUCUAUCAUGGCCAAACAUUUUGAGCGCCAAGGGAAGUCGCCGUACGCAUAUCAUGCGCAAUACAUGGCACACCUUGUCUCCAAUGGGCUACUCGAUGGAAGCGGGUAGAGUUAAAAAGAGAAUUGUCUCAACAAUCCCUUUGAAUUGUUUUUACUUAAGGCUUGAAGCUGCUGAAAUUGGUUGCUGCUGACCAGAAAAGUGUAAAUUGCCUCACAAUUUCUAAUAACUUUUCUUCUCAUAAAUCUUAUGAGUUUUGUUUGGUAUAAUUUAGGUAUGGUAAGGGAUUAUUAUUCAGAAAGAACGAUGCACAAAAACUUCUAGGGCACAUGUUGAUUUUUAGAAGGGUUUCGAAGAGUUAGGCCUGUAUCUUGAUAUAUAUAUUUGAGAUUUUAUUUUUAAAAACUGAAGGAAUAACAUAGAAGCUGAUCAUGUAACAUUUCAGUCGCCAAAAUCCAUAAUCUAUCAAACUGACAGUUGAGA